AACUGCCAAGAACGCCACUGGUUUACAAGAAACCUCUCAAGCUUAGACUGAGGGCUCACUCGUUAUUUAAAAGUUGCAGGUGAUUGGCUAAGAAAAUGACGGGAAUCAAGUCAAGCUUGUUGGUGAUUGUUUUACUCGCAGUGUACAACGAGAAUGUGACGUCUGCAUCAUCAACAGAUGCAAGCUCAACAGAUGCAAGCUCAACAGUUGCAAGCUCAACAGAUGCAAGCUCAACAUCUGCAAGCUCAACAGAUGCAAGCUCAACAGAUGCAAGCUCAACAUCUGCAAGCUCAACAGAUGCAAGCUCAACAUCUGCAAGCUCAACAGAUGCAAGCUCAACAUCUGCAAGCUCAACAGAUGCAAGCUCAACAUCUGCAAGCUCAACAGAUGCAAGCUCAACAGGUGCAAGCUCAACAGCUGCAAGCUCAACAGAUGCAAGCUCAACAGGUGCAGGCUCAACAGCCACAGGUACAACAGCCACAGGUACAACAGCCACAGGUACAACAGCCACAGGUACAACAGCCACAGGUACAACAGCCACAAGUACAACAGCCACCAACACGACUGCUGACAGCUCAGCUGUGACUCAGAUGUCGAAUGUUUUGAUUCUCUCAGUUCUGCCCACUGUUGCCUUUCUGCUACACGCCAUCAAGUUUUAGACGUAACACUUCUCUAUUCCCACCUUUCUGACGUCACCAAGCUAUACCAGCAAAACGUCUCUAUUCCCACCUUUCUGACGUCACCAAACUAUACCCACAACACUUAUCUAUUCCCACCUGUCUGAUACACGUCACCAAACUAUACCCACAACACUUCUCUCUUCCCACUCUUUUGAUUCAAGUCACUUUAACAACUGAAACACUUGUCUACCUUUAAUACUUUUAACAUUAACCCUUGUUUGGUUGCUAAUAAUUUAUUUUAAAAAAUGUGUUACUGUUAUUUUUAUAUUAACGUAUUAAUUUUUAACAUAGUAUUUUUAUUGAUGGUGUUUUAAUUGAACAUUUACCACUAAUGCAUUGGAGUAAAUAUUUCUGAUAUAUGACUUCAUACAUUUUGACACGAACCAGUCAUUAAGCUGACUGUUAGUUUAUGUUGUCUUUCUGUUCCUGAAGUAGUUGACUGCUUGAUGACGGAGCAGAUGAAGGCAAUAGUGUCAAACACUUGUUUAGUAGUAAAUGUUGCCAAUUUAUAUACCAUAUUUUGGUUUAUUUUAAUACUGAAUUCUAAUGUGUGGAAAUGUAAUACAUUUUUAUACCUAAAUCCUAACUCGAUAAACGCGGGUCGUAUUGUAAGAAGUCGAACGAUAUGAAACUCUAAACCAAACAUUUAAAAUCUCAAGCAAGUAAUUGUGUUUGUUACUCUGAUUAAACUUGCACAUAUGUAUUAUUUUUUUAUUAUUUUAUUUUUUGUUUAAUUAAAAUAUGUAAUAAAGACUAUAAAUAAUACGCAUUAAGAUUUUGAUUUACACCAAUCUUGAUUUCGUAAAACACAAUUUUGUUUUUGAAUAGCCUAUGAAGUCCAAAUGAAUGUAUUUUUAAUAAUGACAUUUCAAUCUUUUUUGUUCUGUUUUGUUCUGCAGAAAUAACAAUAAAAUUAU